AUGGGCAGCAGAGAGAACAGGCCAACCAAACGCGACGUGGCGUGCGUCAGUUCGCUCGUCCGCGCUGGCUUGCGGCAGCUGGACUCUGACCCUCCGAGUCCGAUCUCCCGACCCAUCACGCAGGCUCUUCCCUCCUCCGCGUCCCUUCCCCUUUCGACGACGCCACCUCUCGGCUGUAUGCGGGGCGCCGUCCUCCGCGUUCCGGCCCCGAUCCCGCCGCCUCUGCGCCCCGCGCCGACGCGCCCUCUCCUCGUCCUCCGCCGCUGCCGCAGCGACUGCCUGCCGCCCGGGACGCCCAUGGCCUCGGCCGGCUCCCGCGACGGCGGCGGCGCCACCAAGCCCGACGCCGCGCCAUCGCCCGCGCCCGCGUCCGCGCCGAUGCCGCAGCCGCCCGAGAAGCCGCUCCCGGGCGACUGCUGCGGCAGCGGCUGCGUGCGCUGCGUCUGGGACAUCUACUUCGACGAGCUCGACGCGUACGACAAGGCCCUCGCCGCCCACGCGGCCGCCUCAUCAGGCUCCGGUGGCAAGGACUCCUCCGCUGACACCAAGCCCAGCGACGGCGCUAAGCCCUGAUGCGCGUGCCAGGUGUAUGCCCUCUUCUGUUCCCAAUUGAAUUAGAUUACUGGCCUUCUCUUCAUCAGCGUCAGAUAUGGCGCUACCAAAUUGACUGCUGUUGGUGUGUGUGCUAGAUUGGUAUGCUUUCCUACGGCACCCUCAUUGUUGUGUAACAAGAGAAACUACUCAUUAUUAGCAAUCAAAGGAAAGAUUCAAUUU